AUGCCGCACUUCAAGUUGACGACACAAGCCUACUGUAAAAUGAUGCUGCACGGUGCCAAGCACCCGGCCUGUGCUGUGAACGGCAUUCUGGUGGCUGAGAAGCAACGGCGCAGAGAGAACCAACACCAGGUCCUGUUUGUGGACUGCAUUCCGCUCUUCCAUGGUACCAUAGCACUGUCCGCGGUGCUGGAGGUGGCUUUAACCCUGAUUGAUACUUGGUGCAAUGAGAACGGUUAUGUGAUCGCUGGGUACUACCAAGGCAACGAACGCCUCAAAGAUAACACUCCUAACCAGGUCGCAGAGAGAAUCGCCACCCGGAUCGCAGAGACCUACAGCGAUGCUGGUCUGAUAAUGGUGGACAAUGCAAAGUUCACAGUGGAAUCUCUAGUCCCUUCAAUCAAUGUGUAUGAGCAUCACGACAACCGGUGGAAAGCUAAAGAUCCACAUGAGGAUGUGUUUGAGGACUGGCCGGAAGCUCAGAGGAUCACCGCCUCUCUCAUGGACAGCAGAUCCUACGAGACUCUGGUGGAUUUCGAUGGCCAUCUGGACGACCUGCGGCAUGACUGGGCCAACCCUGAGAUCAACAAGGCAAUCAUCCAUCUAUGCUGA